AUUCGCUGUAGCCUACUACAACAGCGCAUUAUCAUAACAGUGUUGAGAUUUGUUGUUUGCGAAUAGUCUGUCUCAUAUGACCAAUCGUGUUUCAGAGGGGCGGGGAACGCCACGCAGUCUCUCUGUAGCUAAGGUGGCUGAUUCUCCAGGAGGGAGUGGGAUGUGGAGAGAUGUGUUUAUAGCUCUGAAUUUCAGUUCUCAGUCAAGCAUCACGUGUAAUUGAAGAGAUUCCUUACGGAUUUUCUUGCGGUAGCCUACCUAUAAAGAGAAUUACCAAGUAGAAGAGAGACGCGCAUUCCGACCCUCAUCACUUUUGUCGUCUCACCUGCACAAGCGGUGAACAGGAGAGGUACCUUAUCAUGGAUCAGGAGAAAUGCUUACCGGAGCUGAUGGCCGAGAAAGAUACGCUGGACUCCUCAUUUGUUCAUGCAAUGCGUCUGCUUGCCGAAGAAAUUGAAAAGUAUGAGGGGGAUGAGUUGAGAAAAGACGGUGACGUCAAGAAAUACCUUGAUGUCAUCAGUAACAAAAACAUCAAGCUCUCGGAAAGAGUACUCAUCCCAGUUCAACAGUACCCAAAGUUUAAUUUUGUUGGGAAGCUGUUGGGUCCACGGGGCAAUUCCAUGAAAAGAUUACAAGAAGAAACAGGAGCAAAGAUGUCCAUCCUCGGAAAAGGCUCCAUGAGGGACAAAGGAAAGGAAGAAGAGUUGAGGAAAAGUGGAGAGGCCAAGUAUGCCCAUUUGAGUAACGAUCUCCACGUUUUAAUUGAAGCCUUCGCUCCUCCUGGAGAGGCCUAUUCCCGCAUGAGCCAUGCCUUGGAGGAGAUUAAGAAAUUCCUAGUUCCAGACUACAAUGAUGAGAUCAGACAGGAGCAGCUGAGGGAGCUCUCCUACUUGAACGGAGGAUCAGAAGACACCAGCAGAGGGAGGACUGUACGUGGGCGGGGCUUACGACUGGCUUCCACCACAAACACACGGGCACGGGGAGGUGCGGCCCCACCACCUCCACCAGUCAGGGGGGCAGCUGUACCCAGGGGAACAGUGGGUAAGCGGAGUGUCCUGCCACAAGCCACAUUAACGAGAGGAGUACCCGCUCCCAGGGCCAGGGGAACACCAGGGAACCCCGGAUACAGACCCCCACUGUUACCCAUCACACACGAAUCAUACGACGACUACGGCUAUGAUGAUGGAUAUGACGGUGAAUAUGAUGACCAGAGUUAUGAUGCCUAUGAGGAGAACUACAGCAAUCAGUCAAAGAGCAUUUCUGAAUAUUACGAAUAUGGCCAUGGAACCAAUGACGAAGCCUACAACAAUUACGAAGAGGAGUGGACUACAACCCGUCCGACACUCAAAGCCCCAACAGCAAGGCUCUCACGAGGGGGCUACAGAGAACAUCCCUAUGGUGUAACAUAUUGUGUGAACUGUUCAAUAAGGGGAGUGUGAGAGUAUGGAACACACAGUAAACUCUUCCCUGGGGACCGCAGAGUGCCUCCGCCUAUCUGAAGUGCUGGGCACAACCAGAAAUUAGCCUUGUGCAAAUGAGCAUGGUAAGUAUCUGGAAGCUUUCGUGCACGCCUGCUGUAAAAUUAAUACAUUUUGUCCUCAAUACCUGUUACAAAGAAACCUUUCAACAAACUAUAGGGGUUGGGUUGCCAAAGAAUGGGCACAGCCUUUUGUUAAUGAACCCUAUCAGCCAUUCGGAGAGAAAGCCAGUGCUUCUAGCUUUCUGCUCUGAACCAUAACUUAUAUUUGUGCUGCAAUCCAAAACCCGAAAAGUAUGUGGGCUACAAAAUAUCUUUAUAACACAAAUAAAAGGCUGUAUAUGUCACAGCAGUUGUGUCUCCCAGCAAUUAGGGGUUGAAUAGGUACAUAUAAGAGUGGAAAACAUAACCUACAUACAAGCAAAUGCAUAUUCAGGUUUCAGUAAAAGGCUACUGAUUCAUCUGUUGUGAGUUCUUUGUUGAUUUUGAAAAGCUUUUGAAACCGUUACAUUUAGCCUGUAGAGAGGGAUUUACUUCCUAUCUUUUCACACUCUUGUAACAUCAAACGAUUUGCUGAAGGACAACUGCUGAAGGACAAUUGGGC